AUGCUUUUUCAUGGCAUAUUUUUUGUUCCAGCAAGAUUGGUUUCUGUGGAGAAUACUUGUAGUCUCAGACCAAAAUAUUGUGAGAUUUUCAUUGAAGCAUUAGUGUGUAUAAUGACAGUUAUUGUUACAGUGGUGCUGAUAUUUGUGGGAUUUGCGGUCCUGAUCAUACUUCAUGUUUGUAUUUCGGAGAGACUCUCUAGAAGAGGAUCAAUGGUUGAGAGGGGUGCAAAUGGGGGCAGAAGCAUGUCCAUAGUUGACUUGGAGAAGCUUCCAUGUUAUGAUUAUGUUGCCAAAGGCAACACAAGCAGCCCGGUGGAUUGUGCAGUUUGCUUGGAGAGCCUCAUCACUGGAGAUAAGUGCAGACUGUUACCUAUGUGCAAGCACAGUUUUCAUGCUCAAUGCGUGGACACAUGGCUUCUCAAGACACCCUUAUGUCCAAUUUGCAGGUCUAAUGCUCAUUCUCAUAGUGGAAACCAAGUUAUAGGUAACAAUGACUACUUUGUUGCAGCAAAUAGUGUGUCUAGGGAGAGCCAAACUGCUACAAGAAGUCAGCAAAAUGACAGUAUGGUGGUAUUGGUACAGUUGAGAGAAAGCCUAGAAAAUGGUCCAUCAACAAAUGUUGUCAUGGAAAAUCCAACAUUAGGAAGUCGUAACUUGAUCAGAGAGGAGUAG